AAUGGCGGCGGCGGCGGCGGCGCGGUGUCCGGCCGGGCGCUGGGCGCUGUGCCUGUGUCUGUGCGCGGCGCUGCUGCCGCGGCCGGCGCGGGGCCUCACCGACCGCCUCUACUGCGGCCGCCGAGUCUGCUACGAGGUGCUGGGCGUCAGCCGGCAGGCCAGCAAGGCGGAGAUCGCCCGCGCCUACCGGCAGCUGGCCCGGCAAUACCACCCUGACCGCUACCGCGGGGAGCCCGCGGGCGGCGAGGGCGACGGGGCGCAGGCGGCCCACGAGAAGUUCCUGCUCAUCGCCGCCGCCUACGAGACCCUCAAGGAUGAAGAAACACGUAAAGAUUAUGACUACAUGCUGGAUCAUCCUGARGAGUAUUACAGGCAUUAUUACCACUACUACAGCAGGAGACUGGCACCUAAAGUAGAUGUCACAAUAGUGAUCCUAGUUACAGUGUGCGCCAUCUCCGUGUUUCAGUUCUUCAGCUGGUGGAGUAGUUACAAUGAAGCUAUCAACUACUUAGCGACUGUGCCAAAAUACCGUAUACAAGCUACUGAGAUUGCCAGGCAACAAGGUUUACUCAACAAGACUAAAGAAAAAGGCAAGAACAGACGGUCCAAAGAAGAAAUUCGUGAAGAGGAGGAAGAAAUUAUCAAAGACAUUAUUAAAAAUAAAAUAGAUAUAAAGGGUGGUUAUCAGAAGCCCAAAAUAUAUGAUAUCCUUCUAUUUCAGAUCCUUCUUGCUCCUUUUUACUGGUGCAAAUAUAUAGCUUGGUACUGUUGGUGGAUUUAUUGUUUCACUAUUAAAGGGCAAGAAUAUGGUGUGGAAGAGAAGUUGUAUAUCAUACGAAGGUACAUGAAAAUGUCUCAGUCUCAGUUUGACAGCCUGGAAGAUCAUCAAAAAGAGACCUUUCUUGAACGGCAGCUGUGGAUACGAGAAAACUAUGAGGUCUAUAAACGAGAACAAGAAGAGGAGUUAAAGAAGAAGAUGGCCAUGGAUCCCCGAUGGAAGAGAUACCGGCGGUGGAUGAAAAAUGAAGGACCUGGAAGACUGACUUUUGUUGAUGAUUGAAAGUUGCUGAACAAAACGUGUGCUAAUGCUGAAAGUGAUUUGCAAAACUUUUCAUUACAUCAUUCAGAGUUUUGUCUGCUGUGGUUUAGCAGUGAUCUAAAACUCAGGAACUUUUACAUCAGGCCGAAGCAUAAUACAGGUUUACCGUUUUUAUAAAUCAGACCUAUUAAACGGGCUCAGCCUAAUGUAUAUAUGCCAUUUACUUGGGGAUAUCCGUGUGGAAUUCAUUAUUCCAAACAAUGUAUUUUUGUUAGAUACUUCAUCUUCAAUGGAACCGUAACGCUAGUUUUUCUGAAAAUGUUUUUAGUUCAAUCCUUGACAAGUCCUGAUUUUCCCCUUUAAAUUGGAGAGUUCCUGCAAAUGGACACUGGAAAUCCUUAUAAAGUAUUCCGAAGCAAGGACCAUUUUCUGUUUUUCUCUUCUGUGCUACUUUUCAAUCUAAUGCCAAAUUGUUUUUUUUUUCCAUGUAAACAAUAUGGGGAUUAUACCAGACUACUGCUAUUCCUGCUUCAGUUGGAAAUGGAUUUUAUUCUUUGUGGGAAUAAAUUAUGCAUGAUUGAUCAUCAUUGUGAUGCAAACAAGCCUUAAUUCUUUGUUCUACAGAGUAAUUAAUGAAAUAGUAUGCUUGGAUAUUUUGUUUUUUCAUCUUGUACAUUGGAUUAUACCUACUUGUUCAGAACAAGUAUAUCAGUAAAUAUUAAUCUACUAAAUGUGACAUAUUUCUUUCACCAAAGUGUUGGUUAAAGGGAAAAAUGACCCUUUUGUUAAAAAGGGCAAUUUUGAUGCCUUAUGUAAAUAAAAGUUUAUAUAUGUAGACUUGAUUUGUUUUAAAUUCUAAGUCAAAAGUAUUCAUUACAUUUAUCUCUUCUGAUCAGACUCUGAGUACUUAGAAUAAAUAAUGCA